AUGUAUAUUUCUACUCAAAUUGGAAGGUGCUUAGUCGAGGAACCUGAUCUCAAAAAUCGAAUGCUCUACAAAACCUUAGAAUUAGAAUUAUAAGGUACAGAAAUUUGGCAAUUGUUUAGCUCAGGGAGGCUUGAAAGUAGUGAAAAACACAUUCUAAAAUGAUCCUAAAUAUGAGUUAAAGAACUUUGACUUAAGAAAGAGAUUCGAUCUGAGGCCCAAAAAUAUUCAUUCAUAGAAUAUUUAAUAAAAUCUUUAAACACAAUAGUUGUAAACCUAGGAGGUUUCAAGAAAUCUUCGAUCUUUGAACUUCACUUAAAGACUAAUAAGACAAGAAGAAAUAACAGAUCAUAAUCACAAUGGUUUGUUGAGUGCUUUGAUCUACGAAGCCCGAUAGAAGUAGCUAUAAUAAUAGCCUCCUGGCUCAUAGGACUAAAAAUAAUGUCUUCUUGACAACCUAGAUGGCAAUGACAUGAGAUUAUUGGUAUGUAUAACCAUGUUCAGAGAACCCCUAACUUAGCUAUAAAAGUCAAUUGAUGGUGUAGUGUAGUCUUUAGAUGCAUUUAUGAAGUAUGGGAUAGCUCCUCAUCAAAUUGGAGUUUGUGUGUUCUUUGAUGGAAUAGAAAAUAUUCAUAAUGUGAUGGAUGAGAAUGGGACAGCAUAUCAUGAAAAUAUUAUUCGUAAUUAAUAAUAAUAAAAUUCUUAGCCUACUUUAAAAGCAACCUAGAUGAGCAAUACGGGAUCAAGGAUAAAAAGACACUUGACUACCAAUAUUGGGAGUACAAGAAACACAAGAAAUUCUUGAACGAUUACAAUCCUCAGAACAUUAUAAAUUUGAGGAAAAACAAGGAACUCCUAUUAAAGAAAUUCAAAAAAUACAAGGAUUCCCUUCUACCAAUAAUGAAAGCCUAAAAGGGCUAUAAAUGGAUGCCAUAAGAUGAAUGGGUGGAAACCAACAUCAUAUAGGCAAUGAUCAGAUAAUACCAAUUGUCAAAAUAGUAUAUUUAGGAUAGAGAUAACACUGCCUGGGUAUAUUAAGGUAGACAUGUUUAUCAGGAAUGCACAAUGCCAAUAUUUUAUGUUUUCAAAUUCAAAAAUGGGUCUAAACUCUCUUCCCAUCUAUGGUUUUUUAAAGGAUUUUGCUAAGAAUUGAAACCAGAAUAUUGUUUAUUGAUGGACUGUGGAGCUGUUCCUGCUAAAGACAGUAUUUUUAGAUUAAUAAGUUCAAUGGAGGCAGAUCCAAAGAUAGGCGGUGUAUGUGGCAAUAUGAGAAUAGAAGAGGAGAUAGAAAACAAUGAAGCCCAAAAUGAUUAAUAAAUGGAUAUUCUAAGCAAAAUCCUAAAUACACAUUUCUUUUCAAUAAAAAAAUGCUAAUAAUGUGAAUAUGAUAUUGGACACACUUUGGAUAAAAAUUACGAAUCAGCCUUGAAUUACAUCCAUGUUUUGCCAGGAGCUUUCUCGGCUUAUCGAUACUAAGCCUUCAGUUAACAUUACAAAAAGUACUCAAGGUAGGCAAUGUACAUUCAAUCCCAAUUAAAUAUGCUACCUAGGGUUACUUAAGAUAAUCAACAAGAUAUUAAUGUUAAUGUGGAUAAUUCACAAGGUUCCCAUAUUCCUAUUCAAGUGGAAGACUAUAAUAUUCUCAAUUUUUAUUUGAGGUAAGUGAUGGAAUCUGAUUAUUAAUAUAGCAGUAUUACUGAAGCUAAUAUGUUUUUGGCUGAGGAUCGGGUAUUAUGUUUAUUGCUGUUUUGCUAAAGUUUUUAUCUAAAAUACAUUCCAGAUGCCAUAGUUUAUGUAGAUGCUUGUUAAAGUUUGAUUGAUUUGCUAUUUUAAAGAAGGAGAUGGAUAAAUGGAAGUUGGUUUGCUCUGAAUUAUGUUUAAGAGACUUAUCAUGACAAAUUAGAGGGCAGUUUUCAUACAUGGGAGGCAAAGCAAAUGCUUAAAUUUAGCAUUAUAACUGCAAACUUAAAUCAACUAUAAUAAUACUUUUUCUAAUCAUUCUAGAUAGUUUGGUUGUUCAUGGUAUUGUAAACUGCUGUAGAUUCUAAUGGUACAAUGGAAGAUAAACAUUAUAAUCCUAUCUAGGAAUCUACUGACAACAUUGUAGUUUCUGCAAUUAUAGGAUUGUACAUCUUCUUGGUUUUAAUGCUUAUAUAUUUAUCUUUGACUUAUGACUAAUAGAUAUUGAAUAAUGUGAAUGGAACUAUUGCUCAAUCAAAAAAGCAGGUUUAAGAUAAGAUUAAGAACUACUAUUAUUCGAGAUACUAUUUUGUUUCUACUAUAUUGGGUUUAAUGAGUUUAGCAACUGUUGGCUACACAAUUUAUCUACUAAUUUAAUAAAUCAUAUUGGAACUCAAAUUUAGUGAGUUUUUAGAAGUACCAAAUGCACCCCAAUCAUAUUAUAGUUUACUUAUAGUUCUGAACUUUGGAAUUUUGGGACUUCCAUUUCUCUUCACUUUAGUUACUUAGCCGUCGAUAAUAUUGAGUGUGAUUGUUAAUUCCAUUCAUUACUUCUAUUUUCAGCCUACCUAUACUCAUUUAUUCAUUACUUAUGCUUUUUGUAGGAUUGAUGACUUAUCUUGGGGAACCAAGGGUCUUACUGAAGACAACAGCAAAAAUAAAGUAUACACCGACAAAGUCUACAAAAAAUACUUAUUUGUUAUUAAGUGGAUAGUACUUAAUUGCUUACUUUCAGGAAUUCUAAUACUAUUACUAAGAAUGAACAUUUCAAUGUUGCCUUCAUUCCUAAUUUUAUUUGUGUCCGUAAUUCUAACGGUCAUCAGUAUAAUCAAAGGGUUUUUAGCACUAAUUCACUUAUUCCAAUUCUACAUGCCUUCAGGAACCAAGGCUAGAAGAGACAAGUAAAUUUAUAAUAUGAAAUAUUUAGAUUAAUUAAAAGCGUAGACAAAAAGAAAGAAACCUUAGAAAGAGGCAAAUCUUUUAACACUAAUUUAUAAAAAUUCUUCAUGCCACAAAAUUCUAGAUGAAAUGUUAUUUUUUCAAGCAUUAUAUUUUAUUUUGAACAUCGC